AUGGAACAAAAUCCAAGACUGGAAACCUCUUCCAUUAAUGUUCCCCUAUUGUGUGGAAACAAACUGUUGCAAGGAGCGACAGUGUUUUUGUUCCAGUAUGGCAGAGACCUGCAGGUAAACGUGGAGGACUUCCUUGACCUCUGCCAUCAUGCCACCUGCGACGACGUCUUGGCUCCUCCCACCCUCCGCUCCACCAGAGACACUCUGCCUUAUGGCUCCACCGGGUUUCCUUGUCCCUCCAGCUUCACCUUGGUCAGUUGUCACCCUGCCUGUGCCAAGGACAUCCGACCCUUGCACUGUGCUCCGUCUCUCCACCCCCAUGACAUCAGCGGGCUCCUCCUUCCCCUGGCUUGGUCCUCAGUCACACUGGCUCCGCCUCAGUCCUUAGGCACUCAGGUUCCUCCUCGGAUGCUUGUCGCCUUGGCUCCGCCUAUGUCUCCAUUGCCAGUGGUGUCACCCAGUGCCAUCGGCUUUCUGUCAUCGCCCUGGGAUCCUCUGACAUCAGCUCUGUCUCCAUCUGCUCUGGGUCUCCACCAUUUGGCUACUCUUCUCGUCAUCGCUCUCAUGAAUGCUCCCACCAUCUGUUCCUCUGUGGAGUCUCUACAGUUCAGCCUGCCUGUUAUUGCCAGCCUUUCACCUGCUUCUCGACCUCCACCAAAGCCCCCUCCCGCCCUCCUUCCCAUCUCCUGGGUCAGACUUUGGAAUAAAGAGCAGCUGCAGCAGAAUAUUUGCUCUCGUCCUCAAAUUAAUACUGAUUUCAAUGUCACAGCUUCAGACUCCAUUAAGGACAAAUCCAGAUUACUAAAUAUUGACGGUGAAUUGAAACGGAGUUUUUUAGGUGAUCUCAUCCAUGUUAGUGGAGCAGCAAAGUAUCUCAAAGACACCAAGACGUCUUUCAAACAGCAGAGACUGACGCUACAUUAUCAUUCAACAAGCCGAUUUGAAGAACUGAUCACAAACCAUUUGUCUUCUGGAAGUAUUGCUGCUGAUGACAAUGAUAUAGGCACACACGUAGUGACAGCAAUACUUUAUGGAGCAGAUGCAUGUUUUGUAUUUGACAGAGAGGUUUCCUCAGACGAGGACAAAAAAACAGUAAAAGGAGAAGUAAAAGUGGCUCUUGAGAAACUACAAGGCAUUGUUUCAGUAGGUGCAAAUGCUGAAAUUAGUGUGAAUGAGAAUCAGAAAACUGCAGUCAAAAACUUCACAUGCACAUUCUAUGGCGACUUUCAGCUGCCGUCUAACCCGACCUCUUUUGAAGAUGCAUUGAAGGUUUUUGCUGAUCUUCCAAAACUGCUGAAAGAAAACCAAGAGUUGGCGGUUCCUCUGAGAGUUUGGCUUUAUCCUCUGGACAAACUUCACUCAAGAGCUUCAAAACUUCAUAAAGACAUCAGCAUGGAUCAGAUCAUAGACACUGAAUCAGUGAUUGAGAGUUUAAAUACAGCUGAGAUGAAAUGCAGUGAUCUUCUAGAAGACUCUCCCGCUCUGACUUUUGCUGCAUUUCAUGAUAAGAUACUGCAAAUGAAGCAAAACUGCUACAGCUACAAGUUGAGACUGGUGAAGAAACUGGGCUCUCUGCUGCCAAACAUCCGUGGAGACGCGAUGAAGGAAACUGACCUGACUGAUCUUCUACAAGAACAUGAUGAAUCUCCAUUCAGAGAAAGAGAUCUUGCAGAAUGGCUGAAAGAGAGAGAAAGAGAGUCUGAGAUCAUUAAAAUACUCCUCAGACAGCUGAAGGAUUUUGGUGCACAGGUGGAAGUCAACAUAGACGCCAUCUUGAUGGAUCUGGAGGUCGGGAAUCUGGUGAGUUACACAUUCACAUCACUGGACUGCUCAGAUGUGCUGCUUUUUCAACAGACUUCUUAUCUGAGUCCUUCAACACAAGGAGAAACUGAUGAGAAGAUCCCUGAUUCAAAGCAAAAGUCUUGGCUCACUGCUGAGAUCCAAAAGACUAUGAGGAGAAACUUGGAGAUAUUUAAGAACUUAAUUGAUUCGAAAGACCGUAAACCAGCCAGAUUUAUUGUGUCCUCAAAGGAAAUGGUGUAUAAUCCUGGUUCCUGCAUUCUGCUGUAUGGACAUGGAUGUGAUGACGCUGUUUGCUUCACUCCUCCGUCCAAACCAGUCUGUCCGGUCACUGAAGAGCUCAAAGGUCAGAGUGUGGUUCUGAAGGUGGUUCCUCCAUCAUGUCCUGCUACAGUGGAGCUCAGGUUACUGUAUAAAGCGAAGCAGGACUCUGAAGCUGUGCUGAAGGAUCAAGACACAGUUACUCUGACUGAUCUGAGAGAAGAAGCUGAGUAUGAGAUCAAAUGUGCAGCGCUGGGGAAACUCAACUGCACUAUAGACAGUGACGUCAUCCAUCUACGGGUCAUUGAGAAGAUCAUCAUGAAAAUAGAUUCUGUGAUUAAAAAUCUGAGCUUGACUGAAAACAAGUGCAGUGACCUUUUGAAAGACACCAGGACAAACACAUUUAGUGCAUUUCACAAGAAGAUUGAAGAUAUGAAGCGAUUCUGCCAAACCUACAGACAAGAUUUCAAAGAUAGAAGUCAGUCGCUGAUCCAGUCAGUUCAAUCCUGUGAAGAAGAGACUUGUGCUUUGACCAAUCUUCUACAAGCUCAUGAGGAGUCUCCAUUUAACACACACGAUCUCAUGGAGUGGAUCAGAGAGAAAGAAAAAGAAUUAAAGACAUUUGGGGCAUUUCUUCAACAGAUAUUGGACAUCGGAGCUGAAGUGAACACAAGCUUAGAUACAGUUUUGUCAAAUAUUAAGGUAAAGAAUAUGGUUUGCUACACGUUUAGUUCCCUUGAGCGGCCAGACGAGCUGCUUUCUGAACAAGAACAUUACCUGAAAGCUCAAACAACAUCCAGAAAGAAGAAUGCAAAAACAUCUCCUCGAGUAUUGACGUGGCUCACUGGAAACAUCAGGGAGAAAAUGAGAGAACAUUUAAUCAUGUUUAAGGAGCUGAUGUUAUUACACAACAGUCAGUCCACUAAAUUUAUUGUUUCCUCAAUAGACCACAAAAAUCAUCCUGGUUCCUGCAUUCUGCUGUAUGAACAUGGAUGUGAUGAUGCUGUUUGCUUCACUCCUCCGUCCAAACCAGUCUGUCCGGUCACUGAAGAGCUCAAAGGUCAGAGUGUGGUUCUGAAGGUGGUUCCUCCAUCAUGUCCUGCUACAGUGGAGCUCAGGUUACUGUAUAAAGCGAAGCAGGACUCUGAAGCUGUGCUGAAGGAUCAAGACACAGUUACUCUGACUGAUCUGAGAGAAGAAGCUGAGUAUGAGAUCAAAUGUGCAGCGCUGGGGAAACUCAACUACACUAUAGACAGUGAUGUGAUCAGAGUCACAGCAGAGCAAAAGAACAAGAAACCAGCAGUUAUGGGUAAGUAA